AUGGAGGUUGCGGGUAAGGAUGAUUGUGUCGUAAAGAAACGUAGAAAAGACCAAAUGGAAAGCAACGAUUCUGGUCAUGGAGAUGCUGCAGAUAGAAUCUAUGACACCAUUGAAAUACUUGUUGUCAAAGAGAAAAAAAGGAGACAUGCCCAUGAGUUUUUACCUUCCAUUUACAGGGUUACAAAAACCCUUCGAGAUGUCAGCCCAAAUUCUUAUACCCCUCGUGUGAUCUCGAUUGGACCUUUCCACAAAGACAACAAGAUUUUGAAGGAAGCUGAGGUGCACAAGGUGGCUUAUAUGUUUGAUCUAUAUGGUCGUUUAAAAUCCCCACGUGAGCAAACCACGAAAGCAUGUGUCAACAUGGUGCUUAAUAAAAUAGACAGAAUCAGGGCAUGUUAUGCAGGGAAGAUGAAGACCUAUGAUGACCAUGAAUUUGCACAAAUGAUGGUUAUCGAUGGCUGUUUCAUACUAGAACUCAUUUACAGGUCAAACGAUAGGAUAUAUGAGAGCCCUUCGGUUUUUGUCAACAAGUUGCUCACCCUUUACGUUAAGCAUGAUUUGGUUCUGCUAGAAAACCAAAUCCCUUUCUUUGUUCUCCAAGAUCUCUUUGAGUGCACAAUUAGGAAAUUAGAACCUAGAGCGUCUCUUGUUAGCCUUGUUCUUUCAUUUCUAAAGGAUGUGAACCCCUUCCGACAAAAGCUAGUGCUCGAUAAUGAUGAAGCUGAAACAAAUCAUGAUCAUAUUCUUGGCGUUUUACAGAGAUGUUACCAGCAUGCACAUGCCAAACCAUCAGAAAAUUCAAAAACAACAUCGAAUUCGGCUGCAGAAUUUUUAAAUGCAAUAUCAUACUCGGUCACAGAACUGGCCAUGGCAGGGGUAAAGUUUAAGCCUAAUAAUGAUACAAAGUGGCUGCUAGCCAUGGAAUUCAAAUUUUCCAGGGUUCAUUGCUUUUGCUGGUCGUGGGGUAAGCCUACUUUCAGAAUGCCUAUGCUGCAAAUUGAAGAUUACACAGAGGCUGUUCUUAGGAACCUCAUUGCAUAUGAGCAGUUCUCUCCUGCGGUUCCUGAUGACGUCACAUCAUAUGCUUUUGCCAUGGAGAGGAUAUUAGAUACUAAAGAGGACGUCCUCAAGGUAAUAGAAUCGAAAGUACUUACAAACAAUUUGGGUUCUAGCGAACAAGCUUCAAAUAUGAUUAACAGCAUAUGCAAAGAAGUUACAGUUAAGGACUUCUCUUACAUCAAACAGUGGAAACAACUGGAUGGCUAUUACAACGGCUACUGGCCCAAAAAUGUUGCGUGGUUGAGGCGUACUUAUUUCAGUAGUCCAUGGAGUUUUAUAGCCCUACUUGCUGGAUUCCUUCUUUUCGGUCUUACGGUGGCUCAGACCUACUUCACUAUUCGCCCGAUAUAAUCGCUGAUUGCUUCAAGUUCAUUUGCUGCUACCAAUAGACUUUUGCUGUGGAGUUAAUUUUCUUUCUAUGUUCUUCUGUCUUGUACAUUUUCUUUCAUUUUU